CUUUCUUCACCGCCGCUGUGCACGCGCCUUCUCCAUCCACAGCGCGACGGCGCCUCAUCUUUUUUCAGAAGUUGGGACUUAAACGGAAGGAGCUUUCCUGUAAAUUUGCAUGGACGUUUGAAAUCAACACAACAACCUGAUCUGCCGGCCGGAGUGAUGUGAUGUAUCCGGUAACAGUGUAGAGCAGUGCGGUUCUUCGUUUUUAGGCCUAUUUUAUUUUUCUUUCUUUAACCAGGAACAGAGAGGCAGCGCGGCUGGGCCGUGACCGUUUGUGUAGAUUGACUGUAAGCUAGCUAGCUGCUUUCCGAGGAGUUUGGACUUCAGCAUCCGUUCACUUCUGUUUGGACUCACUGAAUUUCUCGGAUAAAUAUACAUUUCUUUUACUGCAUUUCCACCUAUCGUCUGACGAGGUGAAGCGAAAUCUUUUAAAGUAGAGUUUCUUGAAGAAGCUCUCGUUUUUACUGCUAAACCCGUGAAAAUAAACAGAGUCAAAAGAUCGAGCUAACUAAAGGAAAGGACUACUAUUUUGUAUCUACGGGCGGAUGAUCCUCCAGUACCGUUAUGGACAUGUUUAGGGAUAUAACCUACACAGUUUUUCAGAAUUGGUCAGUUCUCCUUCGGUUUGUGAUUUCCGGUACAUCCAACAUAAAGCAGAGAUAACUCUGUGUCUACUCUGCUUUUAACUGUAGUCUCGUUGUUAUCAUCAUUAAAUGCGUGGCAAUAGCUAGCUAGCUAGUUAGCAAACUUAGUUGAAUUAAGGUGAGUAGCUGAUUAGGUUAGUUUUAGUUCUGUUUUUCUUUUUAAUCAGACUCUCGAGUGGCAAAGAUGUCGUUUUUCAACCUGAGGAAGAUAUUUAAGCUUGGCAUGGACAAAAAGAAAAAGCAAUACGAGCACGUUCAUAGAGACGUGAAUCCCGAGGAAGUGUGGGAGAUUGUGGGAGAGCUCGGUGAUGGAGCCUUCGGGAAGGUCUACAAGGCUCAGAACAAGCAAACAGGCAUACUUGCAGCUGCUAAAGUGAUUGACACUAAGACAGAGGAGGAGCUGGAAGACUACAUGGUUGAGAUAGAGAUCCUUGCUUCCUGUGACCAUCCGAAUAUUGUCAAACUGCUUGAUGCAUUUUACUUUGAGAGCAAGUUGUGGAUACUUAUUGAGUUUUGUGCAGGAGGUGCAGUCGAUGCUGUCAUGUUGGAGCUGGAGCGGCCACUGACAGAGCCACAGAUCCGUGUGGUGUGUAAACAGUCCUUGGACGCACUGGCUUAUCUUCAUGAGAAUAAGAUCAUCCACAGAGACCUGAAAGCUGGAAACAUCCUGUUUUCUUCAGAUGGCGAUGUCAAGUUGGCUGACUUUGGAGUGUCUGCAAAAAACACUAGGACUCUACAGAGGCGAGAUUCUUUCAUUGGGACUCCUUACUGGAUGGCUCCUGAAGUGGUGAUGUGUGAGACAUCAAAAGACAGACCAUAUGACUACAAAGCGGACAUCUGGUCCCUUGGGAUCACACUGAUCGAGUUGGCACAGAUUGAGCCGCCCAAUCACGAGAUGAACCCUAUGAGAGUCCUGCUCAAAAUAGCCAAAUCUGAGCCCCCUACACUCAUGCAGCCCUCCCGAUGGUCUCCAGAAUUCAGUGAUUUCCUGAAGAAAGCUCUGGAUAAGAAUGUAGAUCAUAGAUGGAACGCUACUCAACUCCUGCAGCAUCCAUUUGUUUUAAGUGUAGCUGAUAACAAACCUCUGCGUGAGUUGAUUGCUGAGGCUAAAGCAGAAGUGUUUGAGGAGAUUGAGGAAGGCAAAGAAGAAGAGGAAGAAGAGGAGACAGACACACAGCCAGAUGCACGGGGACAUAAGCGUGCACUGUCUGAAAUCAGCACUGGCAGCUUAGAGGACGAGAAGCUUUCUGAGAAUGCAUCCACACUGGAAUCAGUCACUGAGAAAGCUGAGCCACAGGCAAAACCCAAAACAGCUGAGGACAGUAAGAGGAGCUCAGCUGUGGUUCUGGAUUCCACUGAGCCUGACCAUGCUGAGGGAGAGAGCAGAAAGGCAGCUGUGAUGCCAGACUUCAGUCCUAAAGACUCACUAGUUGGAGACAAGAGUGUGUCAAGCCAGGAAGAAGUCCAGAUUUCGGAAAGCAAUGCUGAGGAGAAGAUUGCUGAAGCUCCAGAAACCCAGAACGAUGCUGUCCAGAAGUCUGUGACUGUCAGUGAAGAGACUGGAGAGGAAGAGAAGGAGCAGAUUAGGAUGAUUGACUCCACUCGGAGCUGUGAGGAAGAAAAGAAAAUGGCAGAUGAAGAAAAAGAUCAGCAGGUGGAGAUGAAGGACGAAAUGAAGCCGGAACCUUUUGUAGAGGAAUGUACUAAACCUGCAGAAAUUACUGAAGUUACUGAACAGGGUAAGGUGUGCUUGGAUGACACAGGAAAGAACUUGGUUGAGACUGAAGGAGAGACAGAGAAGAGGAAAGAGGAUGUUCCGCAGGAAAAUGAGGGAGAAGAAACUGGUGUUGGUAUGCCCACAGAAGAGAAAAAGAAAGAGGAGAUGGAAGAAAAGGAGCUACAACCCGAAGCUGCAGAGGAUCAACCUAAAACAGAAGUAGAUGCUAAGGAGUCUAUUCCAGUGGAAAACAAAUUUGAAUCAUUUGUGAAAGAUGUUCCUGAUGAAAGUAAGACCUCUAUGGAUGUGUCACCGGUCAUUAUCAUUAAUGGAGAAAAAGAUGAGGUAGAUCAUGUAUCAAAGAAAACCCCAGAAACAAAUUAUGAACAGUCUGCAUCCCCUGAAGCAGCUACAGAGGAUGAGGUAGACCAGAAUAAAGCUGUGGCAAUUAAGUCUGAUAUUGAGAAAGACUCUGAUUCAGGAAGCAGCUCUGCAGCAGAUACCAACAGCAUCGACAUGAACCUUUCUAUCUCUAGCUUCCUAUCUAGAAGUAAGGAGGGAUCUAUUUCUGUACAGGAUGCCAAAUACCAGAAGAAGACUCUGAAAAAGACUCGUAAGUUCAUGGUGGAUGGGGUGGAGGUCAGUGUCACCACUUCAAAGAUAGUUACUGAUAAUGACACCAAGAGUGAAGAACUACGAUUUUUAAGGCGUCAGGAGCUACGUGAGCUGAGGCUGCUACAGAAGGAAGAGCAAAGAGCCCAUCAACAGCUCACUAAUAAGCUGCAGCAGCAGAAAGAGCAACUGUUCCGGCGCUUUGAGCAGGAGAUGGCAGGAAAGAAGCGUCAGUAUGACCAAGAGGUUGAGAACCUAGAGAAGCAGCAGAAGCAGUCUGUUGAGCGCAUGGAACAAGACCACACCAAUCGCCUGAGGGAUGAGGCAAAGAGGAUCAAAUCUGAGCAAGACAAGGAGCUCUCUAAAUUCCAGAACAUGUUAAAGAAUCGCAAGAAAGAGGUCAAACAGGAGAUCGGCAUGUCCCCCAAACACAUGAGAAAAGAGCUUAUGAAACGCUUAAAGGAAGACCUCGUUUUUAUUCGGCAAGAAGAGGAACAGGAGUUUCUGCAAAAGCAACAGCAGGAGCUGGACAGUGCUCUGAAGAAAAUCAUCCAGCAGCACAAACUAGAGAUCGCCACCAUAGAACGAGAUUGUCUCAACCAUAAGCAGCAGCUUUUGAGAGCGCGUGAGGCAGCCAUGUGGGAGUUGGAGGAGCGCCACCUGCAGGAGAAGCACCAGUUGCUGAAGCAGCAGUUAAAAGAUCAGUACUUCAUGCAAAGGCACCAGCUCCUAAAGAGACAUGACAAGGAGAUGGAGCAGAUGCAGGGUUAUAACCAGCGCCUCAUAGAAGAAAUGAAGAACAGGCAGGCUCAGGAGAGAGCCCGACUACCAAAGAUCCAGCGCAGCGAAGCGAAGACUCGUAUGGCCAUGUUUAAAAAAAGUCUGCGCAUCACUGGCACAGGAACUCCGGAGCAGGACAGAGAAAAAAUUAAGCAGUUUGCUGUACAGGAAGAGAAGAGACAAAAGAAUGAACGACUUCAUCAGCACCAGAAGCAUGAGAACCAGAUGAGAGACCUUCAACUUCAGUGUGAUUCCAAUAUCAGAGAGCUUCAACAGCUACAGAAUGAGAAGUGCCAUGUGCUGAUUGAGCAUGAGACUCAGAAACUGAAGGAGCUGGAUGAGGAGCACAGCCAAGAGCUUAAAGAGUGGAGAGAGAAACUUCGUCCCAGGAAGAAGGCUCUUGAAGAAGAGUUCACUCGGAAGAUGCAAGAACAGGAGGUCUUCUUUAAAAUGAGUGGGGAAUCGGAGUGCUUGAACCCCACAGCACAAAGCCGAGUUUCUAAGUUCUACCCUAUUCCUAGUGUCCAUUCCUCCGGUUCAUAACCCAGACCAUAUGAGGCAAUAGAAGGCUCUGUAGGUGCAACAACAGCCUGGAGCUCCUACUCUAUCUGAACUUCCACUAUAUGUGACAGGAGGUACAUUGGAUUGAAGUUAAUGAAGUUCACCUGAAUAUAGAAGGGGACUAAACAUUAUAUCAGCUAUGGAAAACAAGUUCAUUAGUAAAUUACCUGCUGUUAAAACUACAAAUCCAAUGGAUUAAAAUUUUUAUUUCUUUUUCUUUAGUCUGCUGGAAGUUUUGCAUGACUAUUGGCACUAGAAGAGAUUAGACACACUUUUGUCUCAGAGAAAUUGAUUCUUGGACGCAAGCAUCAGGUGACUAAAGUCAGUACAAGGUCUACGAUGUACGAGUUAUGCUAUGAUUAUGAUAACUUUGUGAUGUAUCCCCAAAUCAUUGAAACUGUAGAAGACCAACAAUCUCGAGAGUGUGUGUGUGAGUGAGUGUAUGAUGCACAGAUGUAUCAAAUUGAGCUGCCUUUUUUUUUUUUUUCUUUCCCCAAACGUCUCAGAUAAUUUGCUUUUCAUAGUUUUCCAGUUUGGGAGUCAGUUUCUUAUUAUUUCAGCAAAUGCAUCUUUAUGGCCUGUCAUCACUCCAAUAUAUAUAUAUAAUAAAUAUUAGACCUUAUUACAACCUCAACUGAAGGAAAGGAAGAAGUUAAUGAGGGCUACGUUUUUUUCCCCCCACAUGCCAAUAUAAAGGCAUAUUAAGUUGUAGAUGUUGUGAACGAUCAGAAGCAUCUGCACACAAUGUUAAACCUGUCUCUAUACUUGCAGCUAUUGCAUUUCUAAAUUUACAAGAGAGGAGGCUCAAAAGGAAAGCUGAGGUUGCAGGAUUACAAAGGAAGAAAUUUGUCACUAGUUGAGAAAGGAAGAAGAGUAUAUGAUUGUCUGAUUUAUCUAUGCGUUAUGUCCAGUGCUUUCUUUUAUGAAGAACUGAUUAUACAAAAUGUAUACUUGCACAUAUUACUCCAUUUACUCUGGUUUGUUUGAACUCUGAUAAUGGGGGGAUGGGGUGGCCUUGGUAUUUGGAUGUACAGCAGUGUGAGAAUGUUCAUCGCCUUCUAUUGGUAGGAUGCAGUUGUUUCGAAGGGUUAAAAGAUUUCUUUUAUCAAUUUCUGUCAUGCAAGAAUGCCACUAGUGCAUAAAUUCUGCUAUGCAGCUCAUGCAUAUGUGGCCUAAUCCUGCAUCAUUACAUAUUAUAUCAUGCAGCUCCUUCCAUUCAGGGAUCAGGCUGCUGUAGCCGGUUUAUUGCUUAGCGACAGGGGGAGAGUGAAAACAAAAUGAGCUCCCAGCAUGCUGUGUGUGUGCAACCUACAGCUGAGACCAGACUCUCAGCAAUAGGAGUACAUCUGCACUGAGAAACUGUGCUUUUAGCAGAUACAUUUUAUUAUGGUUUUGUUGUUGUUGUUGUUGUUGUUGUUAGAAAUACAUGUUCAACAUAGUUUCUGUACAAAAUGUACUGGUAUAUGUGUUCAUACUAGUUUGCAUGCUGAAAUCCCAAAUGCUGGAUUUGACUGAGAACUGGAGCUCCAUGGACUUUAUUCUCUUUAAAUCCCAUUGUGCUAGUACGGGCUUCGGCUGAAUCCCCCUAGAGCUGCAUAAGAUGCAUCACAGAUCAGGAUCUUUGCCACUGGGAUAGCAACAAGUUAUCCUGAGGAUUUUAUUUGACUGGACAUUGGAAUUUAAACCUUGUGCACUUUGGUGGAAUGUCUAAAGCAUUUUUAAUAUUGAUUUGGCUGAGUUACGGAAUAGCUGGUGUUAUGCUGUAAAUAAAACCUUACCAUUGUAUUUUAUUCAUUUGUUGUUUACAUGCAUUCCUUUCUAGUUUACCGGUUAUUGGGCUGAUUAUACCAAUUUUAAAGCAUGCAGUUUCACCUGUUUUAUCAUCAGCAAAUGGCAGAGGGAGAAGGACAAUCACAUUACAGCACCAGCUGCUGAACAUUAAAAACAUGGAAUAUUUUAUUACAUGUGGUAAACAAAUUCCAAAUUUAGUUCAUAUUAAACAUCUGAAUAAAAAAAAAGUUUGAAACCUUAAAGUUCAGUGAAAGUUAGCUCUUUUAUGUUGUGCCAAAUUGCAUUACAUUCUUGUAUUUUUAUUAGGAGUGCAAGAAGAUUUUAGGCUUCACAAUUUAAAAAAACAAAAAGUGCUGAAGAAUAAAUGUUCCAAAUGUGUAGGCUAUUAAAGUGUAAAAAAAAAAAAACAACAA